UGCGCAUGGACGACGCUCAGUACCCAAACAACCCUCCAUCCUAUGAACACGAAGAUGCACCCAUUCCCAACAUCAAAAUCCCCAUUCCACCAUCGCAAAGCACCACGGAGUUGCGUGCUCUCGAUUGCAACCUUGCUUCCCUCUGCGAGCAUGUCCAAAUCGAAGGCUUCAACUCCGGCUCUUUCUCCGAUAUCGUUAUCAAUGCAAUGGGUUCCACUUAUCAUCUCCAUCGUCUUAUCCUCUCCCGCAGUUCAUAUUUCAGGAACAUGCUUCAUGGGCCUUGGAAAGAAGCCAGUGCUCCUAUUGUGACUCUGCAUGUUGAUGAUAAGAAUGUUAAUGAUGAGGCAAUUGCAAUGGCUUUGGCAUAUCUAUAUGGGCACUAUCCUAAGCUUAAUGAUAAUAAUGCAUUUCGUGUUCUUGCUGCUGCUUCCUUUCUUGAUCUUCAGGAUUUAUGUGCAAUAUGUACAGAUUUCAUUAUAUCUGAGCUGUGGACUUCAAACUUCUUGGCUUAUCAGGUGUUUGCGGAGAACCAAGACUAUGGCAUUCAUGGGGAGCGUGUUAGAACUGCCUGUUGGGGCUACCUCUGUCAAAGUGGUGGCAUGGAAUUGAAAGAGGUGCUUCCUAAACUUUCAUCUCAAACAUUGCAUGUAUUACUGACUUCUAACGAUCUUUGGAUACCCAGUGAAGAGAAACGGUUUGAACUGGCUUUGCACACAUUCUUGGCAAAAGGUGCCCACUGUAAGGUCGAACGUCCUGUGCUUGGAAUUUCUGGUUCUGAGUCUGCAACUGGUAUUCAUUCUGAUUCUGAUAACACUAAGGGAAAAAGUGUAACUGAUAGCUGCCCUAAAACGGGGUUGGAAACUGAUAUACGGAAAAUGAGUCUUAAAAGUGAUCUAAAGGACCCUAGCAUUCCUAAUCUUUUAGUUGAGCUUGCAGACUCUGUGGCAGACUGCAACCAUGGAGUCUCUGUUUCCAAUCAACGGGUUCAACAAGCUUCAUUUGCCAGUUCAUCAAACCUGAAUGCAAGCCAUCCUUGUGACAUGGAAGGGCCUUCAUUGGGUAAUGCAUUGUCUGAUACAGAUGGGAUGCGAACAUCAAGUUAUGUUGAGAUGCCUCUUGAUGCUGGAGCAACUGGUCUGGGAGCCACUGGAGUGGGUAUUGAAGGGCCUUCUGCUGAAGGAUCUUGCUACAAUUUGGAUAACAAUAGUUGCUUAGUUAGGGAUCAAUCAAGUCAUUGCUUUUCAUCGAAUUCUUGUAAUGGGCUCACAUCCAGUGAUUGGGGAAGAUAUGGAACGCCUUUGUUUUCAUGGGGAGGCCAGGUUGCUGGUAGAAGACAGCUUAAAGCUCAUCCCAGAGGAAAUUUUGGAGGUCAUGGAGAUGAAUACAAUGCAUUUCUUAAUAUAUUUGAAGGGGAUUCUCUUUUAUAUUGCAAUAUGUCUUUUGACGCACUUGUAAUUGUUAGAAAGCAACUUGAAGAGUUGGGUUUCCCUUGCAAAGCUGUAAAUGAUGGUCUUUGGUUGCAGAUGCUUCUUAGUCAGAGGGUGCAAGAAAUUGCUGCUGAUACGUGCAAAGUUUGUUCCCUUAUGAGUAUGGCUUGCACUUGCCAGAAGCAAUUUGCAUUUUCACAUGGAGCUUCUACCACUGGUUCUUACAUGCAAGAACAUAAUCAGAACAAUAUGGCUGGGAAUGUGGGAAAUAUAUAUGUUGCUGAAUCUUCUCCUGGUGAAAGAAAUGGCCCUGUCAGACCUGUGCGGGUACAUGUUAGAGGUGCUAUUGAUGGGCUUGCAGGAAUUGGCCGUGGAACUACGUUUGUUCCAGCAGCUGCUUUGCCUCCUACACGUUUUGUCUUUUCUCGUGUACCAUUUGGCGUAAGCAACAGAAACUACCCUCAAUCUGCAGUCAAUGAUGAUUCAGACACACGGGCUGACCACAAUGGAGAACUUCCUGGGGAUGGGUUGACAGCUUUGGUUGGGCUAAGUCAAGGAGGGAGUAACGGAACAAACAUACAUACAGAGCUAACACAAAGAGGAUAUGAAAUGGGCUUGCAAAGCAGCAUGUCUGGAUCUACUGCUGGCGGUGCAAGUACUGGUGGCAUUCCCAUGCAGAUGUUAGAGACACCAGAGCAUACUGUUGGUAUAGAAUGGGAGAAUGCCAACAGUUCUUCUAUAUCACUAGAUUUGAAAACACCUUUAAACCAUUUUCCUCCUUUUCGCUUUGGUGUGCAUUUUGAGGAUGUGCAUAGGCUUGGUGAUGGCCAGGUCAAGCAUUCUCCAGAAUUUUUCUAUGCUGGUUCUUUAUGGAAGGUCAGUGUACAGGCUUUUAAUGAUGAAGACCCCCAGGGACGGCGUACCCUUGGGUUGUUUCUUCACCGUCGGAAGGCAGAGAUAACUGAUAUACAUAGAAAGGUACAUAUGUAUGUUGACUCGCGUGAAAAGGUGACUGCACGCUACCAGUUGACUUGCCCAUCCAAGAGGGAAAUGAUGGUGUUUGGAAGCUUUAAACAAACAGGCACUCUUCUACCUAAAGCUCCUAAAGGAUGGGGUUGGCGAACUGCUUUGCUAUUUGAUGAACUUGGUGAUCUUCUCCAAAAUGGGGCCCUAAGGGUCAUUGCUGUUGUGCAGCUUGUUUGAAUUAUACAGGAGAUGAACGAUGGUUAAAGCCUUCAUUGUACAUGAUAAAAAUUGAGAACCAUGAAGUUGCAUGUUAAUUUAUGAAAAAACAUGUGAUCAGUUUACUAUAAACCAUUUUUCUUUGCCAUCUCCUCCAUUAUAUGAGCAAGGCAUCAUGUACGCUUUAGAUGUCCCAUUUUUAAUUUUUUUUUUUUUUUUUUCCCUUUUUGAAAUGGUUUUACUUGUAGACUAUGACCUGGGGGAUGAUGUAUGAGAUAAAAAUAACCCUAAACCAUGGCGAUUGUGUAUCAUUAGCUUCUAUAAUUACGUUUAAUCAUAAU